AUGAUAUUCAAAGUGGUGCUGGGGUCCGACAGUUACACGUGUUGCCUAUCCGGCUAUCGCCUGAAAGGGGACCCCUCGGCAUUGCCAGUGGUGUUGCCGUUUCAGGUCAGGACCGAGUUGAAGAGGGGAACGUGUUUCUUCAUCACUCCGGACGCCACCAAGAAACGCUUCCAGACAACCAUCCAUGCGGCGGCCAAGAGCCAGGAGGUCUUCGGCAAAAUUGAUACCCGCAGCUGCGCCACCAGGGAGGAGGUGGAGCAGUUCAAGCAAGAAUGCUACAAGAGGCUCGGUGGUGGAUUUGUGCGCUCCGGCAGUGGAAUUCCGAGUGUGGAAAGUAAGCAGCCGGCUGCAAAGAAGCGGCCGAAGCCUUCCGAGGGGGAGGCCGUACUUCAGCGGCUGCAGGAGCAGGGCAAACUUGAUGGUGCUAUCCAAGUGAGCGGGCGGGAUUCCAGCAAGAAGAAUUCGACCGUGAAUGGCAUCUACGUUCGAGUGGAAGGUGGCUACAACGGUCAACCGGCCUUCGAAAGGAUCAAGAUUGGAGGCGACGACGCGAAGCGCUGCCUCUAUUAUGCCAAAGACAGAAGUCGGUGGAAACUCGGUGAGGAGCAAAUUGUGCGGGCUUGA